GGUAUCAAAAGAUUCAGGACUUGCUUUGGCAGAGGAGUGACAGACCAUGAGUUCCAAACAGCAGUUGGUCAGACUAAAUGAUGGCCACUACAUUCCUGCUUUGGGUUUUGGCACCUAUAAACCCAAUGAGGUUCCCAGGUGUAAAUCAGUGGAGGCUGCAAAACUAGCAAUAGGUGUUGGGUACCGCCAUAUUGAUACUGCUUAUGUAUAUCAAAUAGAAGAGGAGAUAGGACAAGCCAUUCAAAGCAAUAUUAAAGCUGGUGAUGUAAAGAGAGAAGACCUGUUCAUCACUACAAAGCUUUGGUGCACUUGCUUUCGGCCAGAGCUGGUCCGGCCUAGUUUGGAAAAAUCACUGAAAAAACUUCAACUGGACUAUGUUGAUCUGUACAUUAUACAUCACCCAGUGCCGAUGAAGUCAGGGGAUAAUGAUUUUCCAGUAGAUGAACAAGGGAAAUUACUGUUUGACACAGUGGAUUUCUGUGCCACGUGGGAGGCAUUGGAGAAGUGUAAGGAUGCAGGAUUGGUCAAAUCUAUUGGGGUGUCCAACUUUAACCACAGGCAGCUAGAGAGAAUCCUGAAUAAGCCAGGACUUAAGUACAAACCUGUCUGCAAUCAGGUUGAAUGUCAUAUUUAUAAUAACCAGAGUAAGCUGCUGGAUUACUGUAAAUCAAAAGACAUUGUUCUGGUUGCUUAUGGUGCUCUGGGAACCCAAAGAUAUAAAGAAUGGGUGGACCAGAACUCUCCAGUUCUCUUGAAUGACCCAGUUCUUUGUGAUGUGGCCAAAAAGAAUAAGCGAAGCCCUGCCCUGAUUGCACUUCGAUACCUGGUUCAGCGUGGGGUCGUGCCCCUGGCCCAGAGUUUCAAAGAAAAUGAGAUGAAAGAGAAUUUGCAGGUUUUUGAAUUCCAGUUGUCUCCUGAGGAUAUGAAAACCCUAGAUGGCCUGAACAAAAAUUUUCGAUAUCUUCCAACUAAGGGUUUUGCUGACCACCCUGAAUACCCAUAUUCUGAGGAAUAUUAACAUGAGCACCUGACAUGAUUCUGCCUGAAGUCACUGUGUGAUAUUGGUCAUGUGACUUGGAUGCUGUUUGGUGGAUGUGUCAUUUCUGGUCAGCCUAGGCUGCUUAGCAUCCCUGACAUUCAGCUGGAGCUCCAGAUAAUGGCUUUGAAGAAAAGGGAUUUAAUUUUCAUGGUGCUUUGAAAUAAAUAUUACUUUUCUCUCCUCAAAAUAUGCUUUAUUUUUUUAAUGAGUCAUUUUGACACAAAACUGGUUUUGGUGGAAGUCUGUGGGUGAUGUUUCGUUGGGAGUCAUAGAGCUUGACAUGAACCUUUAGGCCAAACUUGGCCAGCCACACCAUUAUAGAACUGUCUUUUGAUUAUAAAUGGCUUCUAGAAGCAUGAGCACUUAGAAGGAACAACAUGACCCAGACAUCAAUCCUUUGUUCCAACCACAGACUCAGUUACCUAAGCAACCCUCCCUUGCCCCACCACCCAUGAACUUUUUACCCUGCCAACAUCCUCCUUCUAUAGCUUUCUGACAUCCUGAACUACCACCUGGCUCUUGGUCUCUUUCCCCCCUCCCCUUUGCCCUGCUCUGCUGACUAUAUAAGCUAACCUGGGAAAAAUAAACUU